AUGUCUCGCAGAUCAUUAUGGGGGAGCUUAAGGCUCGUCUCUAAACGCCAAUUCGCUGUUUCCGAAGCUCAAUACCGCUGCUUUUCCUGCUCCUUGCGGACCCAGAACCAGUCCAAGUCUGACAAGGACCGAAUGACACACUUUGGCUUUACGAAUAUACCGGAGCACGAGAAAGAGUCAAUGGUCGGUAAGGUCUUCAGCUCGGUUGCCUCAUCGUACGAUACUAUGAACGAUCUCAUGUCAAUGGGUAUUCACCGUCUAUGGAAAGACCACUUUGUGCGCUCAUUAAAUCCCGGGUCCGCGCUUCCUUCGCGCGACAACGACUCAGCUGAGAAGGGCUGGAAUAUCCUCGACAUCGCCGGCGGAACCGGCGAUAUCGCCUUUCGCAUGCUAGACCAUGCAACGAACAUCAACCACGACUACCACACUCGAGUCAAGAUUGCCGAUAUCAACCCUGAUAUGCUAGCGGAGGGCAAGAAACGCAGUAUCCAGACCCCCUACUACAAUUCGGAGCGGCUGUCGUUCAUGCAGGGCAAUGCGGAGCAUAUGCCCUCGAUUCCGGAUAACUCGGUCGACCUGUAUACUGUGGUUUUCGGAAUCCGCAACUUCACCGAUAAGCAGGCGGCACUUGUGGAGGCAUACCGCGUAUUGAAGCCGGGUGGUGUGUUUGCUUGCAUGGAGUUUAGCAAGGUGGACAAUCCUUUGUUCAAUGCGGUCUACAAGCAGUGGAGUUUUAGUGCCAUUCCCUUGAUCGGUCAGUUAGUGGCAGGAGACCGUGAGAGCUACCAGUAUCUUGUGGAGAGUAUCGAGAAAUUCCCCAGCCAGGAGGAAUUCAGAGGGAUGAUCCAGAAAGCUGGGUUCAUGAUCCCUGGACGAGGAUUUGAGAACCUCACUGGCGGUAUUGCUGCUAUUCACAAGGGCAUCAAACCGUUGUCGCGGGCUUAAUUGACCUCCAGGUGGGGUUAUGUAUACUAUUCCUUAGAGAUGUAUUAUACAGAGUAUGAAUUCUAGUGUG